AUGCCUCCUACUCCCAACCGUCGCGUUCGUGCUACUCCUCUCAAGCGCAAACCUGAGGCCCAGAUCAUUGUUCCGCACCCCCAAGGCCCAGAAGCGCAAGUGGAACAACGGACUUUGCGCUCGAGAACCCUCCUAACCGAGGCCGAAAAGGCCUGCUGGCAUUGCAUCUUUCGUGUCAUCGAGAAUUACGAUCCCAAGGUUGGAACUGCCCCUCUUUCUCCUACGAGUUGCUUCUGCUACCUCUACUUCCUGCUUGGGCUGUACCAAUGA